ACCGACAAAAAAUAGAAUAUAAUUCUCGAUAAGGGUAAUAUGACUGGGAGUAAGCCGCGGUAUAAAUUAAUAUUUAUCCAUAUAAAAUUAUACAUUUAAAUUACUAGCUGUAAUAAUAGUAAUAAACAUAAAAAAGGUAGUCUAAAAUCUGUGUUUUAAAUCUUAAUUUUUCUUAAUUAUAUGUUAAUUAAGUGUUUAUAUUCAACGUUUACUAGUGGUUGGGGAUUCUACAGCACGAGAUGGCAGUAAACCCGGCGGCAAGAAGUCGUGUGAACUGUCCCAUAUAUUAGGAACCAGCGAUACAGUGCCCACGGACGCGCAACUCGAUCUUAUGUCGAUGGUAGAGUCAGAGAUAAGUGGGGGCCAUAGAACUCCUAGAGGAUGCGGUGGAGUGGGAUCGACACUGCUAGACUCAUCACAGUCGCUAUCGUCGCUCGCCCGACGCGUCUUAGCAGAGAUCUGCUCAGAGGAGUGGGUGCUUCAAAAGUGCCUACAAAAUCCUGAUGAAUUGUACCAACCUGAUAUGCUAUUAGAUUCUAUGCUGACGCCGCGUCAGGCACAGAGAUUGCUACAUAUGAUAUGCUAUCCUGAUUCUGCGAGUCACACUCAUCCCGAUCUCGACCAAAAGACAAUGAUCACACGUCUAUUAGAGAACCUAGAACAAUGGUCGUUGCGGAUGUCAUGGUUGGACCUUCAGUUGAUGUUCAAGCAGUUUCCUAGUGGUUCAUCGGAGUUGAGCGCGUGGCUCGAUACCGUAUCGCGUGCCGUCAUAAACGUAUUCCAACAGCCCGCGCCUCCGCCGCCUGACAAGGACAGGACUGGCACAGAUCGCGGCGUUGUAAGCACAAGCAAAUGGUCGGAAUCGGUAUGGCUCGUCGCUCCUCUAGUCGCUAAGCUACCACCUGCAGUUCAAGGUCGAGUGCUCAAACAAGCUGGACAGAUCUUAGAAAGCGGUUGGGGCGCUGGGUGCAGUGGCAACUGUUCAAGUGGCAGUGGAAACAGCGGCGGCUCUCAUCGCGACUGCAAGAGUCACCAGAGUCCAAGUUAUAAAGGGUGCGUGGAUAUAAUGUUCCACUUUUUCAUGUUGAUAUCUGUAACUUUACCAACAUUCUGUUCUAUCUUUACUCCGCGAAGGAUGUAGCACGAAAAUAGAUACAUAAAAACUUCACCUUUUUCACGUGUUGUAAUUUAUUGCUAAAUGUAUUAAAAUUAGUCAAAAAAGUUCCGUAAACUUUUUGGUUUUUGUAACUGAAUUUAUUUGACUGUAUAAAGAUUGCUUGUGCACAGAUUAAUAUGCUUACAAUGACCGUUUUGUCAUCUAUGAACCGUUUGUAACUAUUACUAAAAAUGACAAAUCUGUAUCGAUAAGUCAAUCAUAUGUUGAACUUAUUAUUGUACUAUGUUAUUAUAUUCCACAAACAUCCACUAAUGUUUAAUGCCGACUUUAAGCCUUAAUUAAUGUCCUAAAUUUAAAAAUUUGUAUCGGUAAUGUCGCUUUGAACUAAUGACUUUGAUAUAUUUCAUGUAUAUCUAUAGAAUAAACAUAUUUAAAAAGUUGUCUAUACCCCUUUACAAUUUACUGCUCGAAUGUUAAUAUUGCGCGCAACACCAAUAAAUGAGUGUUUCAUAAAGCAGGUAAGCUAGGCGUUGUGUUUUCUUUUAUGAAUAAAAUAUAGACGUAUAAAUAUCAAGACAGUAUAUCAAAAAUUUUAAACAAAUCUAGUUUUAUUAAAACUUAUAGAUCUUUGGUUUGCACAAAUAGCCCUGUAUAUAUUAACUGUAUCAGGUCGUCGAGCGGUGGCGGCGGCGGCAAGCGUGGCGUCGGCUCCAGCGGUUGCGCGACCGCUUGCAACUGCGGCGGCGGCGGCAACGUCCGUCUCGCUAACGAACCGCUUCUAUCGCUAGUACUUACAUGUUUGAGGCAUCAAGACGACCAAAAGGUGAGGAUCAAUCAUCACCACUGCCUAUUUAUUUAUCGACACUUCUUGCACAAAUGCAUAAUGGCAAACUUAAUGCCGUAGGCAUUUUCUACCAGUCAACUUUAGGGUGAUGUUAAGACAAAUAGACGGUGGGGUGCACAAUAGACUUGGAAAUGUUAUACAAGAGAAUAUACAAGAGAAUAUACUAUAAUAUACAUAAAAGUAUACCUACAUAUACGUCAAACAUAAAUUAAUAGUACCUAUAAAUUUUACAUAUGCAUACAAAACAAUAUCUUUAUAUACUUACAUAUAUAAGGUGUAAUGUUAUUGUAUGCCAGGACUUCAUAGGGAGGAUUAAUUAAGUAUACUGAACAACUUUUACUAUGGGAGCAUCACUAAAUUCACGAAAAAAUUAUUAGCUGUUUCAUAUUGUCAACAAUUGUAGGUACUACAAUUUUGUAUGACGUAGCUACCCGUAGGUGAUAUAAUUUUUAAAAUUGGUCCUGUAAUUUUGGAGCCUGUUCGAUGCAAACAAACAAACAUACUAACAAAUAAAACAAUCAAAUCUUUCCUCUUUAUAAUAUUAGCAUAGAUUAAUCAAAAUUAAAAAAAUAAGAAAGUUUAAUUCAGAAUAUCUGUUUUAUAAAAUGAAAAAUCUUAAUGAAAACGCGAGUCUCUCAGUCAGUUGCACAAACAUCCAUUAAAAUUGUCAUUAGUUUAAAGCGACGUUACCGAUACAAAAUUGACAUUCAUUAAAACUUAAAGGCGUCAUUAAACCAUAAUGAACGUUUAUGCAACUGACUGUCUGUUCCCUCGAUUAAAUCCUUGCGUUAUACAUUGUUUCACAGCAAGAGAGCCUUCUCAGUUCAAUUCACGCUCAGCUCCAGCACUACUUGACUCACGCACGUGACCACGAGCGGACCGCGUGUAGCGACACGUGGCAAGACGAUGCAGCGCCUGAAGCGCUACAACUACGCUUCUCGUUAGCGGGCGGAAUGUUCGAUACAAUACGACGCUCCUACCAGCUGAUAUCAGACUGGGCUGUGUUGUUAACCCAACUGGUCGCCCACCAAGUGAUCGACGCGUACAACAAUAGCAACCUGUUCACGACAUUGAUCGACAUGCUCGCGACACUGAUACACUCGACGCUUGCUGACGGCGGCGACGAUAACAACAGGAAACAUUACCAGAAUCUCAUGAAGAAACUGAAGAAGGAGCUCGGGGAUAGACAUGGUCCCUCCGUGCAGGCGGUUCGACAGUUGUUACCGUUGUCCAAGAACACUAUUAUAGAGGUUAUCGCUUGCGAGCCGCUUGGAUGCUUAGUGGAUCAAAAAGGAAAUAAAAUCACCGGGUUCGACAGUGAUAAGAAACAGGUAAGCCAAUUAUUCAUCGUUCAUUACAGAAAAAAUUCUAACUUAAUUUAAAAAAUCAUGAUAAUAAUUGUCUUACUCAUAUUCCAACUUUUAAUCG